AUGCUGGGAUGGAUGGCAAUGAAAAUCUCGCCGACGGCCGCACCCAUAGGUCUGUUCCCGAUCGUCAACUCCCUGAUCCACGCCGUUAUGUAUACAUACUAUGCGAUGUCGGCAUUGGGUCCACAAAUACGGCCAUACCUUUGGUGGAAGAAAUACAUCACUAUUUUACAGUUGUAUCAGUUCGUACUCUAUGGCAUAUACUACUCAUUCUUCAUAUUCCUCCAAACGGGAUACCCGGCCAUCUAUAUACUCAUCGCACAGGGACUCACCUAUUAUUUGGUUGACUUCUGGAAUGAUGUGGGAGAUCCCAGAACCCGACACCUACCUCUCAUGGACAAUGGUCCCUGGACAAUGUGCGCCGUUAUGUUAUGUUACCUAAUAUUUGUCAACCAAAUCGGACCGCAGCUCAUGAAAGGCCGACCGGCCUUUGAUUUAAGACAUUUGAUGUUUGUAUACAACAUAUCGCUAGUUGUCAUCAAUUUCUACUUCUUGAUCGAAAUGUUUAUAUGUAUUCGCUUUGGUAUCGGUUUAUUUGACUUCGAGUUUCCCAAUAAAUAUGACGCCAGUCCCCCGUCCCUGAGACUCCUAUACUCGGGUUACGCCUACUUUUUGACCAAAUUUCUGGACCUUUUCGAUACCAUAUUCUUUGUGCUCCGGAAGAAACACUCACAGGUAACAGUUUUGCAUUUAUACCACCACACCGUAGUACCGGUGCUGGGAUGGCUGGUCAUACGUAUCUCUCCCACAGCCUCACCCGUAGGUCUGUUCCCGAUCGUCAACUCCCUUAUCCACGCCAUUAUGUAUACAUACUAUGCGUUGGCGGCGUUGGGACCCCGGGUUAGGCCAUACCUCUGGUGGAAGAAAUACAUCACUAUUUUACAGUUAUAUCAGUUUGGACUCUACGGCCUGUACUACACGAUGUUCCUGUGCUUCCAGACCGGGNUCUCUCUCACACAGGGACUCACCUAUUAUUUGGUUGACUUCUGGAAUGAUGUGGGAGAUCCCAGAACCCGACACCUACCUCUCAUGGACAAUGGUCCCUGGACAAUGUGCGCCGUUAUGUUAUGUUACCUAAUAUUUGUCAACCAAAUCGGACCGCAGCUCAUGAAAGGCCGACCGGCCUUUGAUUUAAGACAUUUGAUGUUUAUAUACAACAUAUCGCUAGUUGUCAUCAAUUUCUACUUCUUGAUCGAAAUGUUUAUAUGUAUUCGCUUUGGUAUCGGUUUAUUUGACUUCGAGUUUCCCAAUAAAUAUGACGCCAGUCCCCCGUCCCUGAGACUCCUAUACUCGGGUUACGCCUACUUUUUGACCAAAUUUCUGGACCUUUUCGAUACCAUAUUCUUUGUGCUCCGGAAGAAACACUCACAGGUUUUGUGA